CAUUUCUGAUUUUAUUUGUUUGAGGCUUCUCUGUUUUUUUCUUGGUGAGUCUAGCUAAGGGUUUGUCAAUUUUGUUUAUCUUUUCAGAGAAUCAGCUCUUAGUCAUAUAUCUUAGUUAUAUAUAGAAUUCUCCCCCAUUCCUAACUGCUGUUAAACUGUUCUAGGUCCUUGUGGUUCUUCCUCAUCUUUCCUUGAGCCCACUUCAAUUAAUCUUUCAUCUCCACCACUCCAUUGAAACUGCUCUUGCUAAUAUCAUCAACCACCUCCAUGUUGCCCCAUCCAGGAUUUAAUUUCCAUUUCUCAUCUUUUUUAACCUCUCAGGGGUAUUUGACAUGGUUGAUCACUCUUUCCUCCUGAAAUACUUUUUCACUUGGCUUUGGAACAUCAUAUUCUGCUGUUUCCCUGUCUAACUCAAUACCUGCUGCUUUACUGACUUCCAAAUGUUUCACUUUCCCAAGGUUGAUACUUACACUUCUCUAUCCAUACUCACACUCCAAAAUUAUACAAUUUAGUCACUUUACAUGCCACUUUAAGCUUAAACUGCUUAAACUCAUGCUUAUUUCUCCAGCUUUCAUCUCUCCUUUGAACACCUUUCAUGUAUUUAGCUGCCAUUCAGCUGUCUAACAAACAUCUUAAACUCAACAUGUCCAAACAGAUCUUUUGAUCUUCCACGUGUACCACCACCACCACAAAACUUAACCUAUUUAUCCCCAUGAUUUCUCCAUUUCUGUAAAUGUCACUAUCAUUCUUCCAGUUGCAGAGACCAAAAAUCUAAGAAUCAUACUUAAUUCCUCUCUUUAUUUUGUACUUUAUAUCCAAUCCAUAAGUAAUUCUUAUUGAUUCUCCUUUCGAAAUUUAUCCUGAAAUCUGGCUGCUUCACAGCACCAGUACUGCCUAACCUGAGCCAUCAUCCUCACUCUUCCAGACUAAAUUCCCACUAAUGUUCUCCCUGCUUCUCUUGCAUGACCAUAGCCUGUUUUUCUCACAACAUUGAGUGAUUUUACAAAUAUAAAUUGUCAGCAUUGUCCAUAGCUCCCCAUCAUAUCUAGAAUGAAAUCCAAAGCUGUUACCAAGUCCAGAAAGUCCUCCACAGCUGCCUCCUGACUACUUCUAAUGCACCAGUAUCUACCACUGUCCCCCAACCUAGUCAGUUCCAGGUGCACUUGCCUUCUCAUUCCUCCUUGGACAAGUUCAUUCCUUCUCAAGGUCUUUGCAAUUGCCUUUUCUCUGCCAGGAUGCUCUUUCUCAAAUAUUCAGAAGGCUUGCUUUCUAAUUUCAUUCAGGUUUCUGCUCAAUUGACAUCUAUCUAAAUAGUCAAAAUCAUCCUAAGAUACUCUGUAACAUUUCUCUGCUUUAUUUCUCUUAUAACACUGAUCACUCUCUGAAAUCAUGUUAUAUAUUAUUUUUUAAUUGGCUCACUCCCACUAUAAUGUAAAUUCCUUGACAGCAAAGACUGUCGUUCACGUUUACUCCUGUGACCCCAGUGCCAUGUGCAAUGCCUGGGAUAUAGUAAGCACUCAAAAUAGUCUGUUGUGUGAAUGAAUAAAUGCUAGCCCCCAUUGAUUCCCUUCUCCUACCUGAGGAACUAAUUAUUCAAAUAAGCAUUUAACCUAAAAAAAGCAGGCAUCUUAGACUAAAGAUGGGCUAAAAUAGAUAAUAAUAAUGAGAUAAUAUUUAUUGAAUGCUAAAUAAAUUCCAGGCACUAUUCUGAGCGUUUUAUGGAUAUCAAUUUAUUUAACCCUCACAAAAACUCUGUGAAGUAGGUCAAUAAUUAUCUCCAUUUUAGAGAAAAGAAAACUAAAGCAGAGAGAGAUGAAGCAUUUUUCCCAGGGUAUAACAGCUUGUAAGAGGAAGUGCCAAGACUCAAAUCUAUGCCAUCUGGCUGCAGAGCCUGCAUUUCCCCCAGAAUUUUCCAUUCUUGAUAAUUAUGCCAUAAUAUUACGGUCAAAUCCUUGAGAUUAAAGAGAAUCUUCGCAGGAAUCUGAAUUACUUCUCUGGACCUAGAUCUGCUUUGACCUGAAGUUGGUAAAUAAAGGGGCAUCAUGUCUCGAGCAUGAGCCCUUCCACUGUCCUUGCCUGACUGUUGUUACCAUGAGUCAGCCAGUCUAGAGUUGGAUCAUCAAGACUUUUGAGAGGAGGGGAUGAGAAUCAGGGGCUUGGAGAGGGGAGUUGCUAGGUUGUUAUAGGACAAAGGCACCACCUCUUAACCAUAGAUUAGAAAAGUUAUUGGAAAGUACUUUAGGGUCAUAAAGAUGAACUAGGUGUUGUUUUGUGGGUGAUGUGGAAUGUAGGAAAAAGAACAGAGAGAAAGAAGGAAGGGAGAGAAAAAGAAGGAGGGAGGGAGAGAAGAAAAGUUGGAGAGGAAAGGAGGGAGAAAGACUAAAGGAGAGAGGGAGGGAGAGAUGUGGGGAGAGCAUGGGGAAGGUAGAUGUGUUGUUUGGAAAGCUCUUGGGGAUGUUAAACUUUGUGUACAUUUGGGAUUUGCUUCUCUGUACUGAUCUCUGCUGAAUUCUCUCCCAGCUCCACUCUGUGAACCAAAUGGUGAGUUGCACUUCCCUUUCUUCUUCACGGUCUGUGGGUAUCUUGUCACUUGAGCCAAUGCAAAAGGCCUGUGGAUGGCUGUCUGACAUCGGGUGACAGCUGCUGAGAUAUGCAAAUGACAGUGGCUCCCUUGGGCCAGGGCUGCUUGUGUUCACACCAGUUUCUGUACUUGACACGUGCCUGUUCACCUCAGGAGCACGCUUGCUCUGACCUUCUCAAGAUCACAGUCUUUCCUCUGGGAAAUCCCAGCUUACGGAGGAAGAUGCUGUUUGUCCAAGGAAGUCAGAGGGUGUAGAAGACUGAUGUUAGAAGAAUCUCUGCCUUCCCAGCCUCUGGGGCUUCAAGACCUCUAUGUAUUCCCAACCGGGUGCUCCACCAGAAGUGAUGGAAGAAAUGCCAAAGUCACACAUCCAUGGAGAACAUUACACUCAAUCCUUGGGCCAUGCACAAAACAAAGUGGUACUGCUGCCUCCUUUCUAUUUUCAGCCCUGCUCUGCAGCCACUACCAUUACCCCAGUGCAAUUUCUUUCUCUCAGACUCUGGCUUCUGCAAACUUACUUCAUUGCUCUGAUUCUGAUUCAAAGUCUUAGUUUUACCAUAUGAAAAGAGGAGGAAAUUUCCCCCCACAAGGAAUCUUUCACUAAAGCAUGUUUAAAUCUAAUCUAUAGUAGAACUGCUCUCUUGUACAUACUAACCAUAGGGUUAAAAGAGGUUAUCCUUGACCUCAAGAACACAGGCUGCAUGUGCAACUAGGGAACACAGGAUUAGGAAUUCCCAUGACCAGAGGUAUUUAGAACCAACUCAGCCUCUGGAUUCCUUCCCUGAUGUUUGUCCAAGUCUAACACAUGCCUUGUGUUAAUGCCAUGUUGCCUUAUGCCUGGAACAGCUUUUACCCUAUAAUUGUAUGUGUCCAAUCCUAGCCUAAGCUGAAACCUAAAGUCACAUCCAGGAUGAAGUAACAACGCUUCUGCUGCUAGUAAGUUGCCAGAUAGUCUCUGUGCCCGAAAAUUAUCUAAAAGAAACUCUGGGCUGCAAGACCAAGCUCUAGAUCCUUGCAAACUGUCUUGUGUGGUAUCCUAGUCCAACUCCACCCCAGUCCCAUUCAGAAGAGUGGGUUACAAGUGCCUAAUGCAUUUUUUUAUUCCUUUCUUUGCUCAGCCCCAAAGCUGCUCCCCAGUCUUCUGGGGACUACAGUUUUCUAAGGAGAUAAAGUCACACUAAUGUGCAGGGUAUUCCAUGCCUCAGUACAGAGCAAACAUUCUGUUACCAUGGUUGAAUUGAUUUCUUAAAAGUUCCAGGGUAAAGCAUCCCAAUUUAGCCUUUUCAUCGGAUGAAGAAAGAAAAAGGUUUUCUUAAGAAAAUUCUUAAAUUUCCCAAAGAGCAGAGGCUCUGAGGGUUGGAAAAACAAAUACCCAAAGAGUCAAUACUACCAGGGCUUUGAUGUUUCAUGGGCUUCUGCAAUUGGGGCCAAUAAGAAGAUGAGAUGAAAGCAGGACACAACUUUGCUCAUCUUUAAUUCAUACAGAAAAGAGCCCCUUUGACGAAAAAGGGAUACAUCCCUGAGAAGUAAGGUAUGGACUGAAUUUGCUUCUUAUGACCAUGGCUUCUACAGAGGUUUGUAUAGGAGUCUCAGAGCAGGGGAGCUGUGACUUAGAAUGUGCGGAUGCAGGGCAUGUCCAGGCAAGUGCAUGCCUGUUCCUUCCACUGGGAAUAGAAAUAAUAGGGGCAGAUGAGAAACAGUAACAAAGGAAUUGAGUUCCUUUAAGUCUUUCCUAGACUGAUUGAUUCUCCAGUCCUCAGAUUCUGUCUUUGAAAGAGAUAGUAUGGGUCUGAGAUGUCAGAGGAAAGGGAACAGAAGAAAAUAACCAAUAUAGUUUACAACAAGGAUGAAUGAAAUAUAUUCACAUUUCCUAAAACUUCAAGCUUCACCAUGUCCAAUGCCAACGCCAGUGACAGUCAUCAAUAACCCUGCACUGUGUCCGAAAAAGGUCUUUUUCGUUCAUGGAUCGAAACUUCAAAGAGUAAGAACCAAGUCAAAGUGGUGUUUCUGACAGCCAGCCCCUCUCAGCCCGUAGAGGGGACUUCAAUGACCCUGACCUGUAAGAUCCAGCACCCUCCACAGAAGUCAGGUUUCCAGUUCCAGUUCUGCUUCUUCAAAGAUGGUCGGGUCCUGGGGAAGGGCUGGAACAGCUCCCCAGAGUUCCAGAUCGCCACCAUUUGGAGGGAAAACUCAGGGUCCUACUGGUGUGGAGCAAAGACAGUGCCAUCCAUAGAGACAUGGAGCCGGAGAAUCCAGAUACAAGUGCAGAGAGUUCCUGUCAGUAAUGUGAGCUUGGAGACACAACCUCCAGGUGGACUUGUGAUGGAGGGAGAGAAGCUGGUUCUUGUCUGCUUGGUCGCUGGGGGCACAGGAGACAUCACCUUCUUCUGGUACAAAGGGGCCCUGGGUUUAAACCUGGAAACAAAGACCCAGCGUUCACUGACGGCGAAGUUUGAGAUACCUACGGUGAGGGAGAGUGAUGCUGAGCAAUAUUACUGUGCAGCUGACAAUGGCUAUGGCCCCAGUCUCAGUGGGCUGGUGAGCAUCACUGUCAGAAUUCCAGUGUCUCGUCCUGUCCUCACCCUCAGGGCUCCUGGGGCCGAGGCUGUGGUAGUGGACGUGGUGGAGCUUCACUGUGAGGCCCAGAGAGGCUCUCCUCCGAUCCUGUACCAGUUUUAUCAUGAAGAUGUCACCUUGGGGAACAGCUUGGCCCCCUCUGGAGGAGGAGUGUCCUUCAACUUCUCUCUGACUGCAGAAUAUUCUGGGAACUACUACUGUGAGGCCAACAAUGGCCUGGGGGCCCAGCGUAGUGAGCUGGUGUCACUCAACAUCACAGUGCCUACAAGGGACAGAAAAGAACUUCUUACUUCAGGAGUCAUUGAGGUACUGCUUGGGAUCCUUGGUCCUGGCACUAUGGCCCUAUUAUUCUGCUGCUGGCUCAAGAGAAAAAUAGGAAGACGUGCAGCCAGGGAUCCACCCAGGAGCCCUCCCAGCCCUGUACCCCAACAAUCUACCUACCUCAACUCACCUGACCGGGAGCAACAACAUCCUGUAUACGAAAAUGUGAAUGUUGUACGCGGGGAUGAGGUUUAUUCUUUGGUGUACCACAUGCAGCAGGAACUGCAACCAGCAGCAGUGGGACCCCCAAGGACACAGAUUGAGGAUAAGGACUCCUCAGCCAUAUAUUCUUGGCUGAAGAAGGCAAGCAUUACAGAUUUGGACUACGAAGAUGCUAUGUAAAGUUAUGGAAAGUUCUGCUCCUUGGCAACCAUCCAUGACCCCAUGCCUCAGAACCAAUAUGUUCUUCAGAGGUCCUGGGGGAGUCAGUUGCCAGUACACCUCAUCCAGGUGCUUUCCUCCAUGAGACUAUUCCUGCAACUACUGUGAAGUGAAGUAGGCUCAAACCCUGAAGAACUCACCCAGGAGAACCGACAUGAAUGCAGAAAUGGGAAGGACUUUGUUACUAGAACCGGAUUCCUACUGGCUCUUUUAGGCACAGGUCAAAUUGUGCUCUAACUUCUUUUUACAAGAGGAAGCAGGAUGGGACAAAAAGAACUUGGGAUCUUGGGGUAGAGGGACAGUGAUACUUAGAAUGUAUGGACCCAAGGUUAGUGAUUUUGUGGGACUCCUCCAUACCGAGAGCUGUGUCCAUCCUUUUGUCCAAGGGCUUUCUCUGCUCAGACAGUACAGAACUCCAGACCUGUCACUUAUGUCAAUCAUCCUCUUUCUGUGUAAAAUAUGACAGUGCAUUGGGUGUCACUGUUACCAAAUUAGAAUUAAAAUAAAGUUACAUAAGAAGUUA